AUGGAGAUCAGCACGAUGCAGUUGGAAGUGCUCAAUGAACGUUUGUUCGUCCGCGUAGAAGUACGACCAGCUUCUAGCGGGAGGAGACAUGCGGAAGACGACGCCUUGAGACAGCACACUACUACUGGCAUCGUUCUCCUGUCGCCGUCGGUCGCCUGUGUUGCUGAUAAUCGAAUAAUUGUGUACCCUGCGGACAACCUUGGCCUGGUUCAAGCAACCCGGCCGCUAAAGGAAGGGAGGUGGCGACCCGCAGGGUUGAGUCUAGCUGACACGGAGCGUCAGGUUAAGCAGGCUCAAGCAGCUCACCCUGACGACUGGCUUGCUAGCUUGUGAGCCGUUCCCGAUCGAGCUGUUCAAGCAACAGAACCAACCUGACUUUCCCGAAGAGCACCCUCACUGUGCCGAACGGUAUCAGUGACUGGCUCGGGAGUUGAGCGUCCCAGCUAGCGAGCCAACGGGUGGCGCAAAAGCAGACGUUGCGGCUCUGGACUGACCGAGCGAAAAGUCAUUGAAAAACCGCUCCGGUUCUAGCAUCCUCAGAUAGGUGGAAGGGAAGUGGACCGUCUCAAGU